AUGGCGGAGGCCUACGAGAACAGCUCCCAGCCCGUGCAGGAGGCCGCAAAGAAUGGGACCGACCCCGAGAAGGCCCUCGACGCGCUGGAGGUGCUACGGCGCUGGGGCUCGAUCGCCAAGGACACGGAGAUCAUGGUGCGCGCGACGCGGUGCUUCAAGGUGAAGCUGGCCGAGGGCGACGUGGAGCAGGUGCGCUGGAUCUGGGCAGUCAACUACCACCCCGAGCUCAAGCUCGCGCUGUCCACCCUCAGGGACAACGGCGGGCUCAAGGCGGCAGGAAUCCUCCUGGGCCACGACUACGGUCAAAGGUCCAAGGUGGCAAAGCAGAUAGAGGAGCUCGCCUUCCGAAAAAACGACACGCAGAAGUCGAAGGGCGCCAAGAAGCCCAAGAAGAA